GCAGCAGGCGCCCAGUCAGCGCAGCUCUCUCCUGCCUUCGCGGAGGGACGAGAGCUACAGCUUUGUCACGUUUUCCCGGAUAUACCCUCAGCUCGCCAAGAUGAGACUGAUUUUAUUCGUGUUAGCGGUUGCGGCUCUGUUGACAGGAAAUCUUGCGCUUCCAGUUGGGAAAGAAGAACAGAGACAAGAUGUGGUAACACGUUGUUUGGUUGAAGUCCUGUCCAAAGCUCUCUCCAAACCGGACUCUCAGUUGGAUCAGCAAUGCAAAGACAUCAUCCAAGCAGGUAUUAAACAUGAAGACAAAAAAAGUGGGGAUGGCUUAGUAACUCAAGAAGAGAUAGUCAAAGUUCACGCAGAGCCGGUGGCAAAGGCAGCAGAUGUGAAAGACAUUGAGGAACUCCUGAAAUCUGUGGAAGAGAAAAGAGAAAACCCAGAAGAUGAACGCAGCCAAGAAUCCUGGAGUCUGGGUGAUGAGAAGGACAAAAGACAUGAGAAUGAGGUGGAAGAAGAACGGGAGAAGAGGAGCAGCUGGAGGCCUGGAAGGUUCCACCAAAAAAAGCACAAACGAGGAGAGGAAGAAGAGGACGGCGAGCGCAGUCAAGAGAGUUGGGGAGUUGAUGAAAAGAGGUCACAAGAUGAAGAAGAGGAAGGCGAAGAGAGAGAGAAGAGGAACUGGAGGCCUGGAAGAUACCACCAAAAGAAACACAAACGAGAUGAGGGACCUUUAGAAGAAGAGGAGGCAGAGGAGGAACGUAGCCAAGAGUACUGGGAUAUAAACAAAAGAAAUGGGGAUGAGGAUGAGGAGGAGAGAUACAAGCCCAUUUGGAAACCCACACAUCGCUAUCAUCACAAGAAAACACUCCACAAACGCAGUGAUGAACCAUCAGAGGGUGACGAAGAUGAAGAGCGCAGCCAGGAGUACUGGGAUUUUGACACUGGAAGAGAGAAAAGAAAUUGGAGGCCUGGCAGGUACCACCAGAGGAGACACAAACGAGAUGAAGAGCUAUCAGAAGAAGCCAGAGAAGAGCCUGAUGAAGAGCGCAGCCAGGAGUACUGGGAUUUUGACACUGGAAGAGAGAAAAGAAAUUGGAGGCCUGGCAGGUACCACCAGAGGAGACACAAACGAGAUGAAGAACUAUCAGAAGAAGCCAGAGAAGAGCCCGAUGAAGAACGCAGCCAGGAAAACUGGGAUUUUGACACUGGAAGAGAGAAGAGAAGCUGGAGGCCUGGCAGGUACCACCAGAGGAGACACAAAAGAGAUGAAGAGCUAUCAGAAGAAGCCAGAGAAGAACCUAAUGAAGAACGCAGCCAGGAGUACUGGGAUUUUGACACUGGAAGAGAGAAGAGAAGCUGGAGGCCUGGCAGGUACCACCAGAGGAGACACAAACGAGAUGAAGAGCUAUCAGAAGAAGCCAGAGAAGAGCCUGAUGAAGAGCGCAGCCAGGAGAACUGGGAUUUUGACACUGGAAGAGAGAAAAAAAAUUGGAGGCCUGGCAGGUACCACCAGAGGAGACACAAACGAGAUGAAGAACUAUCAGAAGAAGCCAGAGAAGAGCCCGAUGAAGAACGCAGCCAGGAGAUCUGGGAUUUUGACACUGGAAGAGAGAAGAGAAGCUGGAGGCCUGGCAGGUACCACCAGAGGAGACACAAACGGGACGAGGAGGUUGCCGAAGAAGAUGCAGAUGAGGCAAAGGACAGAGACACAGCUUUGAGGUAUCUUGCUGAGAAGCGCAACCCCUGGAUUUACAAAGGCUACUACCACCCAGCCUGGUUUAAAAGGGAUUCAGAUGAACACACUGCAACCUCAAACAAGAUGGAUGAACUGGCCAAGUUGCUGAGCUAUAAGAUAAACCAGCUGGCCAACCACUCUAAUCAAGAGGAGGCAAAGAGAAGCUCACAGCAGAGAGGACUUACACCACAGGAGGAGAAAGAGCUACAAAACCUGGCGGCAAUGGAUAUGGAGUUGCAGAAAAUUGCAGCCAAGUUGCAUGAAAACACUGCAUAACUGAAAACAUUUCAAAACCAUCAGUGAAUAAAAGUUGCAGUCUUAUUGUAUGUCUGCCAGUUUAGUGUGCCUGCAGUGUUAAAAUAGAAAAAAAAAUGAAACCAACCCUGAAGCCUUGCCAAAGCUUUUUAAUUGACUUGUUUUUGUGAUAUUUUGAUGUUAUCAAAUUAAACAGCAUGGGAAUGGCUUGGAUGUUUAUAGUCAGAGAAAUGUAAAAACAACAUAUAUAUAUGGGAUAAUAGUUACUCAAAUGUGUUCUGCAGAGUUUGUUCUGAUUGCACUCAAUAAACAGUU